AUAUGCACUGCAUUCAAUUCCGGCAGUGCGCUACAGAUAAAGCAAAGAGAUGGCAACUCAAUUUACAUUAAAUUGCCACUGCACAUACGUGGACAGCUUCAGUAGCGUGAAGACAUCACUCGGGUGCAAUGAGAAGAAAGUCUAGAUUUGAAGUUGUGGCUCUAGUGCUGCUUGCUUUCGCCUUACCAGUAAAACCGGACGAAAAGCUAGCCUAUUCCGUCGCUAAAAAUGAUCAUUCGAUCGAAUCGGUUUGUGUUGGUGUGAAUGCCGGUAUCCAUCCGCAUCCGGAUCCUGCUCUGUGCUACGUUUUCAUUACGUGCACAUUCGAACAAUCGACUGCUUACCAGUGUGCGGAGGGGUUUGUGUUUGAUCGUGCCAUGCUUCGCUGCAUUCCUGGCGAUCGCGAUCAGUGUCCGGAGCGUACCGAGCCCGAUUGGGAUCAGUUCUGUUCGGGUGUUUCGUACGCGUUCUACGCCUAUCCAGCGGUAUGCUGGGAGUUUGUGUUCUGUUCGCUAGGCAAUGCCAAUCGCUACUCGUGCCCGAUGGGUGAGAUAUGGUCACAGAGAGAAGGAGCUUGCCUACCCGGCAAUUGGGAUACCUGUGAGCUGUUGGAGUUGGAGCUAUCCUGUCAAAACCGUUCAAAUGGAGUGUUGCCUCAUCCAACCGACUGCACCAGCUUUUUAGAGUGUAACAAUGGCCAGACAACGAUCAGUGAGUGUUCAAGGGGAGAAGUGUUUGACCAGACGCUGGAAAGGUGCGUUGCAGGCAAUACGGAAACUUGCGUUCGCGCUGACAACGUCUGUAGAGAUAGGGCCGAUGGUACGGUACUGGCUCAUCCGAAUGAGUGUGAUCUAUUCAUGCUCUGUCAAGGAGGACAGGAAGUGGCAAAUCCUUGCCCAUCGGGAGAAAUAUUAAACGUACAGGCCCAGUUCUGUGUCCCGGGCAAUGCAGACACCUGCCAGUUUCAUCCAGUCGAGACGAUGUGCCAGAACGCGAGCGUAGGUGCGAUCUAUCCUCAUCCGAAUAGCUGUACGCAGUUUGUAAGUUGCAUCACCAGUCAAGGAGUAACGACUUUCUGCCCGGCGGGACAGAUUUUUCACGCACCGAGUGGAUCUUGCCGAGUGGGCAAUACCAAUACUUGCGAAUUGAUCGUUGACGUGUGUGAAGGCCAAGCCGAUUUCUCAGUGCUGCAACAUCCGAGUAUUUGCUCACUGUUUAUUUGGUGUCAAGGUGGAACCGUAACCGCUCAACCGUGUCCUAAUGGAGAAAUCCUGCGCCCCGAUGCACAGUUCUGUGUUCCAGGCAAUCAACUUACCUGUGAGUUUGAUCCCAUCGAUCGGAUGUGUGUGGGACAGAUUGAUUCCGUAAGCUUCCCGCAUCCAACCGAGUGUGCAAAGUUUGUGGCGUGUUUAAGAGGCGAAACUCUUGUGCAAACCUGUCCGAAAGGAAGUGUGUAUCACGCUUCAACACGUUCCUGUGUUCCGGGAAACGACGACACUUGUGAGCGAUUCGAUAGCAUCUGUUCCGGGCGCCCCGAUGGUAUCAUACCGCACCCAACAACGUGUAACGCGUUCGUUUACUGUACGUCCGGGCAGGCCGUGUUCGAGCAGUGCGGUCCGGGCACGAUCUUCAAGCAGGGGAUGAGUGGUUGUGUGGUGGGCAACACGGAAACUUGCACCGAGGCGAAAACUAUCUGUACCGAUCACGCGGAUCAUACCCUUGUGGGUCAUCCAAGCGAAUGCAAUCUUAUCGUGGUGUGUAUGAUGCAACAACCAACCUUAAGGUCUUGUCCAGUGGGGGAAAUAUUUAACUCUACUACAUUGCUUUGCAUCCCGGGAGAUCUGAACACCUGCCAGGUACAUCCCGUAGAAACAAUGUGCAGAAACCGGCCGUACGGAGCGGUUUAUCCUCAUCCGAGUGAUUGUACACAGUUUGUUCGCUGUGCUGGCGAGCAGCCGAACGUCCAAGUGUGUCCCGCUGGGCAUGUUCUGCACCAUUCAAGUAUGUCCUGUCGCCCGGGAGACACCAACACCUGUGAGGUGAUGGAAAACGUGUGUCAAAAUCAAACGGAUGGCGUAAUCCUGCAGCAUCCAAGUCUCUGUGGACAUUUCGUGUGGUGUCAGAGUGGUGCUAUAACCAUAAAUCCUUGCCCCGUUGGGGAAAUUCUUCGUCCGGAUGUACAGUUCUGUGUUCCUGGCAAUCUAACAACUUGUGAAUACGCACCCAUCGAUCGUAUGUGCUUGGGGCAGGCUGAUCACAUUCGCUUCCCGCAUCCAACGGAAUGUGCGUCGUUCGUAGCAUGCCAGGGACAGAACGGUGUCGUCCAGAGUUGCCCAGCUGGCAGUGUGUACAGUGCUAAAGCACGCUCCUGUAUGCCCGGCAAUGAGGCCACUUGUGAGCGGUUUGAAAAUAUUUGCUUUGGACGACCGGAAAGCAUGAUUGCUCAUCCGAAUACCUGUACAGCUUACAUCCAUUGCUCCUCCAACUUGGCAGUCUACCAGCAGUGUGCUCCAGGGACCGUUUUCGAGCCCAGCCUUGGAGGUUGCGUUGUUGGUAAUACAGAAACAUGCACACGGAAUGAUGGAAUGUGUGUUGGGCAGCCCGAUGGAUCGAUUCUUACACAUCCCAACGAGUGUGAUCUUUACAUCUUAUGUGUGUCCCAGCAGGCAGCU